UUUACUGCUCAAUUACAAAAGUCGUUCAAAAAGAGCAGUUCGUCAAAGAGUCGCCCAGCGUUCUUGCGCAGUGCGCGCGAAAACUACAGCAGCGUUCUGAAAUGGCACCGCGAGGCAAAGCAGGUCGUGGGGCAAAGCGCAAGGUGGACGCAGUUAUGGAAGCAGAGCCAGAGGAAAAGAAGAAUAAAAGGGAAGAGGCCAAACAGGACGAAGAUGAUCAAGGCCAAAGAGUGAUCAUCGAACACUGUAAAAGCUGACGUGUGUAUGGUCGGAAUGCCGACCUGGUCCGUGAGGCUCUUCUGGCUGCGCAGCCAGAGUUGCGUGUGGUGCUCAACCCCCAGAAGCCUCGCCGGAACAGCUUUGAGGUGACACUGGUGGAGGGAAGCAAAGAGGUGGUCCUGUGGACCGGCAUCAAGAAGGGUCCUCCCCGUAAACUGAAGUUUCCAGAUCCUGUGGAGGUCGUGACUGCCCUAGAUGAUGCCCUAAAGAGCAAGUAGAGAUUUUUGAGAAGACUGUCAAUCAUCUUUGGUUUUCUGGAUGCAUAAUGACGAGGAUGGGCCAAAUGGAUAAUUUCCAGUCUGUUCUCUGAUGACUUGUUUGGCAUCCUGACCUGGACUGUUGCAGCCUCCUUAUGAUCUCUGCUUACCUCUUGUGUUCACAAACUGUCUUUAUUUCUAAUCUUCUGAUCUGUUCUGACUUUAACUGUGGUUUUACUGUUGUAGUUUAAAGUAAACUGUGGUUUACUGUGUAGACUUGUAAAUCAUUAUUUCUUGGUGAAUUCUUUGUUUAUUUCACAAGCAAGAUUUCUCUUAACUGGAUAACUUGGGUCAAAAUGAUACGGCUGUCUACUGGGAACAUCCAUUAGCUCUCCUAAUAUUGGACAGUCUGUUUUUGGCUCAAGUUAUCUGGCUAAAUGAGACCCUGCUUUGUACUGCACACCACUCACGAUCUGCAUGAUGUUGGGGUUACAAAUGCAUCUUACCGUCUAACAGGACUGUUAUAUGUUCUUGAUGAGAAUAAAGCUUCUAUAUUUGUACUUCA